AUGUCGAGCCUGCGGGGCUUGGUUGGUAAAGGAGAGGACAGUGGCCAGGAUGGCAAUUUUGGCGUCGAUUAUGUGAUUCAUUAUCGAGUGCCGCCCAAAGAGAGAGCCAAAGCCGAAGCCGCUUUUGUGCAGCUCAUUGAAGCCCUCGCCAACAUUGGUCUCACCACUUCCGUCCGCUGCUGUGAUGAGACCUCUCUACUUGUAUUCACCAGGCUCGCCUCGGAUGAUGUUCUGGGCCAGCAGGUCUAUAGCUCUCGCCUCCAGGAUUGGCUGCAGGGCGUUCGUAUCACUGGCCCAGGAAGCGACGUUUCACAGGCAAUUCAUGAUGAGCCCGUUACCGAGGCAGAGAGGCUGCGGCUGAUAUACCUGCUGAUUACCAAGUCUCGGAACGAAGGAGGCGCGGGAAUCACCCAAGGCCAGGGACAGUGGAAAUACGUCGAGUCCAUCUUCCCGCUUCACAACAAUGCGUUCAACAAGGAGUGGCUGCAAAAAUGGAGCCAAAAGUAUGUUUUGGAACAAUCCGAUUUAGACGACAUUCGAGACAGGUUUGGCGAGAAUGUCGCGUUUUACUUUGCCUUUCUCAAGGAUUACUGUCGCUUUCAAAUAUUCCCCGCUGCUAUAGGCUUUGCUGCGUGGAUGAUAUUGGGUCAAUUUUCCGGGUUUUACGCCAUCUGCAACUGCCUCUGGUCCGUCGUCUUUUUUGAGUACUGGAAGCGGAAAGAGGCUGAUUUGGCUAUUUCGUGGGGGGUCCGUGGCGUCUCCAAAAUACAGCAUCAGCGACCAGAAUUUCAGUGGGAUUUUGAGGCUGCAGACUUGGCUACAGGAGAACCUGUCAAGGUCUAUCCUUUUACUAAGCGGCUGCAGACUCAGCUCCUUCAGAUACCAUUUGCCUUAGCUUGUGUUGUUAUUCUUGGUGGACUUGUCGCAACAGUCAACUCUCUGGAAAUCUUCAUCAAUGAGGUCUAUGGCGGCCCAGGAAAGCAGUAUCUGGGCUUCCUUCCUAGCGUACUUCUUGCUGUUCUGACUCCAACUUUUUCCACCGUUCUUAUGACCGCAGCCAAACGACUGACGGAUAAAGAAAAUUACGACACCAUGGAUGCACAUCAUGCGGCUCUUGUGCAGAAACAGUUUGUCCUCAAUUUCAUGACCUCGUAUAUGGCUUUGACAUUCACGGCAUUUGUGUACAUUCCUUUUGGCAACGUCUUGCAGCCAUUUUUGAACUUUUGGGGCAAGACGGCACAAACCAUCACGAUGAGCGAGGUUCCCCUGGACACUCGUCAGUUUCAAUCUAAUCCCCAGCGAAUCGCCAAUCAAAUGUACUAUACCACGGUCACAGCGCAAAUCAUCAACACGCUCACAGAACUUGUCGUGCCGUAUAUUAAACACAAGGCCUUUGUCAAGGCCAAGGAGCUCUCAACCAAGGACACGAUUACAAGCAACGACCCACCUGAAGAAGUCGAAUUCUUGAAACGGGUGCGAAACCAGACCGGACUAGAGGUGUAUGACGUUACAGCAGAUUACCGCGAGAUGGUUAUGCAGUAUGGUUAUCUCUCUCUCUUUUCUGUCUCAUGGCCUCUUACGGCCUGUUUUUUCCUCUUGAACAACUGGGUCGAGUUGCGGUCUGACGCCCUAAAAAUCAUCAUUGGCUGUCGCCGACCCAUCCCAUGGCGAGCUGAUUCUAUCGGUCCGUGGCUGACGGCUCUUGGCUUCCUUUCAUGGCUUGGUAGCGUUACCAGUGCCGCCAUUGUUUAUCUCUGCAGCGGUGAUACCUCUGCAUCUCCUAUCACCGCGGGUGGCGUCCUUCUGAGCAUCCUUCUGGCGGAGCAUUUCUAUUUUGCAGCCCAGCUCGCCGUCAGGUUUGUCAUGGCUAAGGUGGAGAGUCCCAGCCUGCAGAGGGAGCGAAGGGAACGCUUCCAGUUGAGGAAGAAGCUAUUGGAAGAGACUGUCGGCCACGUGGCGGGUGAGAAGGCUGAAGUCGCCGUCCCAGGGAUCGAAGCGACGGAGCAAAUCACUAGGCAAACACUGGAGGAGGAGGCCCGUCUGGCCUCGAUCCAAGGACAUGGGUCUCCCGAAGAAAUGUUCUGGCAGCGUCAGCGAGGCAUUCAGGAGACAAUCUUGGUCGGGCGGAAAUUGAUCGAAGAGCAGUCUAGCGGCAAGUCUUGA